AUGAUCAGGUUAGUGUUUGAUAUUCUAGUCAUUUUGGCUACUUUCCGUUUUCCGGCGAUUGAAUCUCGGAGCCACCGUAAUGUGGCAACUUCCGGGAUUGAAUUAUCGGCAUUGAAUUGCCGGAAACACAGCGCGUUGCUAACUGAUUUUGGAGGGGUUGGAGAUGGGAAAACAUCAAAUACAAAAGCGUUCACAAACGCCAUAAGCAAGCUUAGUCAAAUGGCGAGCGACGGUGGAGCUCAACUGGUAGUUCCUCCUGGAAAAUGGCUCACCGGAAGUUUUAACCUAACCAGCCACUUCACUUUGUUCAUCCAACAAGGUGCCACCAUCCUUGCAUCUCAGGAUGAAUCUGAAUGGCCAGUGAUUGGUCCCUUGCCAUCGUACGGCAAAGGAAGAGACGGAACCGGAACCGGAAGAUUCAACAGUCUAAUCUCCGGUUCUAACCUAACCGACGUGGUUAUCACCGGAAACAACGGGACGAUCAACGGACAGGGACAAUACUGGUGGGACAAAUUCAAAAAGAAGCAGUUUAACGUGACAAGACCGUAUUUGAUCGAGCUCUUGUUCUCCAAAAAUAUUCAGAUCUCGAACAUCACUUUGAUCGACUCUCCGUCGUGGAAUAUCCAUCCUGUCUACUGUAACAACGUCAUCGUCAAAUCCGUCACCGUUCUCGCUCCCGUCACUGUUCCCAACACCGACGGAAUCAAUCCAGAUUCUUGCACAAACACACUGAUAGAGGACUGUUACAUAGUCUCCGGCGACGAUUGCAUCGCCGUGAAAAGCGGUUGGGACCAAUACGGAAAAUUCGGGAUGCCGACGAAGCACCUCUCGAUCCGACGGCUCACAUGCAUCUCUCCGAAAAGCGCAGGAGUAGCCUUGGGAAGCGAGAUGUCCGGUGGAAUCAAAGACGUGAGAAUCGAAGACGUGACUCUGAUCAACACGGAAUCUGCGAUCCGAGUCAAAACCGCCGCGGGACGUGGCGCUUACGUUAAAGACAUUUUCGCUCGUAGGUUCACGAUGAAGACGAUGAAAUACGUUUUCUGGAUGAAUGGAAAUUACGAUUCGCACCCUGACGAGGGAUACGAUCCCAAGGCGUUGCCGGAAGUUAGCAAUAUCAAUUUCCGUGAUAUGACGGCGGAGAACGUUACGAUGUCGGCGAGUCUCGACGGGAUUGAGAAAGAUCCGUUUACGGGUGUUUGUAUCUCGAAUGUGACUAUAGAUUUGUCGGCUAAGCCUAAGAAAUUGCAGUGGAAUUGUACGAAUGUGGCUGGAGUUACGAGCAGAGUUAAGCCGGAGCCGUGCAGUUUGUUGCCGGAGAAAAAUGCUGACUGUAUGUUUCCGUCUGAUUUGAUUCCGAUUGAGAGUGUUGUCUUGAAGAAGUGCACUCUUUGA